AUGGAACUACAUCGACCAUUAUCAUAUACACAACAAAGUUAUCAUAAUAUUCCAACAAUUCCUCAAAAGACAAUAGAUCCUAAAUUUAUUGUAGUACUUUUUUGUGUUGAAGCUGGUGCUUUAGUUUUUAAUAGUAUUCAUUUAAAUGCUCCGGAAAUUCAUAUUUAUAAUUCAUAUAAUCAAAAACCAAUUAUUUAUAAUCAAUCAUCACAAAUUUAUUCAUGUUUUCUAACAAUAAAUCAUUGUAUUUAUGAACAUAAACAAUUACGUUUUCUUAAAGUUAUACAUUUAAUAUUUAUUAUAAUAAUCGUUGUGUGUUAUUUUAGUCUAUUUAUGAUUAUACUUUGUAAAUUGGAAAAUACUAAAGUACAAAAUGAUUUAGGUAUAACAUGGUAUGCUGCAAUACAAUUAUUAGUUUUAUUAACACUUGCAUUACAUACACUUUUAAUGGUUAUUAUCUAUGAACGUGAUUAUAUGAAUAUACAACAUUGUAAUGAAGAUAGUCGUUUAGUACGUGGAGAAAAUCUUUUUACUUAUGUUGUUCUUAGUAUACUUGAAAUAACUUAUAUUGGUUUUGAUAUAUUAAAUCGACAAGUAUCUAUACAUGCUAUACAUCAAAAUUUUGAACAUCGAGCACGACAAGCUGAACAUAUAGUACAAUCGGAAGACUCGAAUCUUAGUACAAAACAAAAUUUAUCACCAGCAGAAAGUUUUGAAACUGUUCAUCAAGAAUUUCUAAGAGA